CUUCUUCUCCGCAACACCAUUUCUUUCCCCUCCAUUGAUCGCGGUCUAUUUUGUAUUCCCUCGUUGAGCCGCAUAACGUUCUUUUCAGUCUUGAGGAAGAUGGCUCCAGAUAACGCUCACUCCUAUGAUGACAUUAUAAAAGUCACCCAAGAGGUUCAACCUCCCAUGAUUGCCCCGCAUCGUUCGCACGACCCCUCCAACAAUCUCAAACGCAGUGAUCCCUUUCAAUUCGGUUCUCGCUACCUGGAACAAGGCGACGACGUCUUCGAGUUCAAUGCCUGGGAUCACGUCGAACCCGACGACGAAUUCUUAGCCUUCGCAGAAGUCCAAUACGCUAAACAGCGCGAGUCGCCCGCAUCGGACUUUGACAAGUUUCGUUUCAAUGCAGACCCCGCCAAAUGGUGGAACUUGUUUUAUAAGAAUAACACAGCGAACUUUUUCAAAGAUCGCAAGUGGUUGCAGCAGGAGUUUCCCAUCUUAGAAGAGGUUACCCGUCCCGAUGCCGGAAAGAAGGUCGUUCUGGAGGUGGGCGCAGGCGCAGGAAACACGGCAUUCCCGUUGAUCAACAACAAUGCGAACGAAGAACUCAUGGUCCAUGCGUGCGACUUUUCGAAAUAUGCCGUCAAGGUUAUACGGGAGAGCGAGCACUAUAACCCGAAGCACAUCACUGCGGACGUGUGGGAUGUCGCUGCCGAACCCGAUGAGAACAAUGACUCCCUUCCUCCAGGGCUGACGGAGGAAUCAGUUGACGUCGUGGUUUUGAUCUUCAUUUUCUCCGCCCUCAACCCGAACCAGUGGGAAAAGGCCCUUCGCAAUAUCUACCGGGUCCUGAAGCCCGGUGGUAAGGUCUUGUUCCGUGACUACGGCCGGGGAGACUUGGCUCAGGUUCGAUUCAAGAAGGGUCGGUAUUUGGAUGAGAACUUUUACGUACGUGGAGACGGCACUCGUGUGUUCUUCUUUGAUAGAGAUGAGCUGGAAGAAAUGUGGGGUCGGUGGACACUCGAGAAGGGUCUCCCGGAGAAGGCCGAAGGUGAAAAGGCCGUUACCGGCGAGAAUGACGGUGCUUUCAAAAUACACGCCUUGGCAUAUGACCGGCGGUUGGUGGUCAACCGCCAGAAGAAACUGAAGAUGUACCGUUGCUGGAUCCAGGGCCAUUUUGAAAAGCGCGAGAAGGCUGUUGCAGAGAAUGACGAAAAGAGCGAGUCGUGAUCGGGGUUUAUUGAAAAUACUUAAGCAUACAGCUUACUGCAAUGCGCCUUGCAUUCGCCUCCGAUUUGGCGCUGCUGGUCCAGGCAACUCAAUUCAGGACCGAUUGGCUUGGGAAUCCCAGAGUACUGGGUUUGAAGGGCCUAUCAGCUUGCACAACGUGUCACGAGAAGAUAUUCGAUGCCUCCGCACGCAAUCUUGUCAGGUCUUGCGGAGACCCUCGACUACAGCUGGCUUAGCACUAUGCACCACCAUGGACGACAUGUUUGCUAGAAAAAGCUCCGCUCAUAGAGUACUUCACGAUGUUAUGAUGAUAUAUGCAUGUAUCUAUAGAUUUCAGGAUACCAGCCCGAUAAACUUGCUAGAAUUUGACCGACUUUGUCUAGAGUAUGACAACUGAACAUAUAAACUCGAUACAAGCAUGA